AUGGAUUCAUCCUACGCUAGACAACAAUCCGCUCAUCAUCGAUCUCAACUCACAACGUUACUAUCCACCUUUCCAUCCAGUGCUCCUCCCCACACCACUCAAUCUCAAAUGUUUCAAGUCCCUCGCGUCAACACCGGAUCAUCCUUGAACACGACACUCGGUACUUCCCUCGAUGGACGAUCGCUCUCCACUCAUAUCGCUACCACCAACCCUACUUCUUCUUCUCCUUCUUCCUCCUCCUCCCCCUUUGGGCCUAGUGCCCGAUCCGAUCGACCGAACCGAUCAUCGGGUCAACAACAAACCAAAGUCUCGAGAGACACACCUGAUUCGCCUCCCUCUACGCAUGUCGCUGCCAACGAACUAUCCCUCUCGACUCAGGGCAUUUCACCAACGUGUGGAAACGCCUUUUCCAUCGCGACCGAACCUGGUUCAGCGAUCACCUCAGGCUCGCAGUCCUUGUCAGGUUCAUUGACAGGCACUACCAUUGACACACCUAUCCCUUCACCCGCUCCGCGACUACCCACACCACUCCAUAAAUCGCCUAUCGACUUUAUCGAUUCCCUCAACAUGGGUCUCAAGGGCUCACCCGAUUACCCCUUGCCAUCCCAAUCCUAUGGCGGUUCAGUCGAUGCCAAUGGCGUCUUCAACGACGCUUACACCAUGCUGUCUCAAUGGACUCCAGGUUACGGCUUUGGAUCCCUCGCGGUUCCCCCGCAUGGCCAUGCUCCCCAGAACACGUUUGCCUUUGUGGCGGAUUCACUCAACAUGAACAGAACGAAUGAGUAA